GCUCGGUGGGCGCCUGCUGUCCAGCUGGCCGAGCCUCCCAGCACCGCGGCUCCCGUGGCUCCCGGGACUCGCCUUCCGUCCGAGCUCCAACCGCAGCGACAGCAGCCUCUCCAGGCACGCAGGAGCCAGGGGCCGCCGACAGCGAAGCCUAGGGAGACGGACGAGCACGGAGCGGGGUGGCCGUUUGGACACGCCCCUGAGUCCUCCUCGGCUCUCCGCAACUCUGUCCCGGUAGGCGGAGAGGGAGAGCCCGAAGAAGGAGGACCAGGACACAGGGCACGGCCCUGACCUCUUCCCGCCCGGCGCCGCCCGGACUCCCGCGCCAACAGGACUCCAGACUCUGACCUCAGGACGCUCCGCCCACUUCUGGCCUGCGGGCGCGCACGCGCAUUUGGUGGCUUAUUUUGACAGCUUUGGCCGUACAGAAGGGGAGGGAGCAGGAGGUGUCGCGAGAGUUGGCCUCACGCCGCCUCGUGGGCGCUGUAACUAUGGCGAGCCUGGGGAAGGAGGCUGAGCAGGAGCCGCUCUUAAGCGACCACAGACCCGGAAGCAGUGAAUGGAAUAUUAUAGAAACUGAGCAGCAUUAUAAGAGCCGAUGGAGAUCUAUUAGGAUUCUAUAUCUUACUAUGUUUCUCAGCAGCGUAGGAUUUUCUAUUGUGAUAAUGUCAAUAUGGCCAUAUCUCCAAAAGAUUGAUCAGACAGCUGAUGCAAGUUUUUUGGGCUGGGUUAUUGCUUCGUUUAGUCUUGGCCAAAUGGUAGCUUCACCUCUAUUUGGUUUGUGGUCUAAUUAUAGACCAAGAAAAGAGCCUCUUAUUGUCUCCAUCUUCAUUUCGGUGGCAGCCAACUGCCUCUAUGCGUAUGUCCACCUCCCAGCUUCUCAUAAUAAAUACUACAUGUUGGUUGCUCGUGGAUUGGUGGGAUUUGGAGCAGGAAAUGUAGCUGUUGUUAGAUCAUAUAUUGCUGGUGCUACUUCCCUUCAGGAAAGAACAGGUUCCAUGGCAAACACAAGUGCGUGUCAAGCAUUAGGUUUUAUUCUAGGUCCAGUUUUUCAGACUUGUUUUGCACUCAUUGGAGAAAAGGGUGUGACAUGGGAUACUCUUAAGCUGCAGAUAAACAUGUACACUGCACCAGUUUUACUUGGCGCCUUCCUGGGAAUUUUAAAUAUUGUUCUGAUCCUUGCUAUAUUAAGAGAACACCAUGUGGAUGACUCAGGACGACAGUGUAAAAGUAUUAAUUUUGAAGAAGCAAAUACAGAUGAAGUUCAGAUUCCCCAAGGAAAUAUUGAUCAAGUUGCUGUUGUGUCUACCAACAUUCUGUUUUUUGUGGUUCUAUUUAUCUUUGCCCUUUUUGAAACCAUCGUUACUCCGUUAACAAUGGAUAUGUAUGCCUGGACUCGAGAACAAGCUGUAUUAUAUGAUGGAAUAAUACUUGCUGCUCUUGGAGUUGAGGCAGUUAUUAUUUUCAUGGGGAUUAAAUUACUUUCCAAAAAGAUUGGCGAGCGUGCUAUUCUACUGGGAGGACUCAUCGUUGUAUGGGUUGGCUUCUUUAUCUUGUUACCUUGGGGAAAUCAGUUUCCCAAAAUACAGUGGGAAGAUUUACGUAAUAAUUCAAUCCCUAAUACCACAUUUGGGGAAAUUAUUAUUACUCUUUGGAAGUCUCCAAGAGAAGAUCACAAUGAAGAACCAACUGGUUGCCCAACUGAACAAGCCUGGUGCCUCUACACCCCCAUGAUCCAUCUGGCUCAGUUCCUCACAUCAGUGGUGCUGAUUGGAAUAGGCUAUCCAUCCUGCAAUGUUAUGUCCUAUACAUUAUAUUCAAAAAUUCUGGGACCAAAACCUCAGGGUGUGUACAUGGGCUGGUUAACAGCAUCUGGCAGUGCAGCUCGGAUUCUUGGACCUGUGUUCAUCACCCAAGUGUACACUUCCUGGGGCCCACGAUGGGCAUUCAGCCUUGUGUGUGGAAUAGUGGUGCUCGCCAUCACACUCCUGGGAGUGGUUUACAGAAGACUCAUCGCUUUUUCUGUAAGGCAUGGAAGGAUUCAAGAGUAGCCUAGCUAAGACAGUAAUGGAAAGUACUUGCUGUGUGGGACUUCCUCUUCUAAGGCUCUGCUAGACAAUUGCUAUGAGUCAGUUUCCAAAAAGCAGGCUGCAGAUACUGUAUAUUUUGAAUAAGAAGAACAUUUAUUGAAUAACACAGGGAAUUCUAUGUGUAAUUAUGAAUAGUAAGAUAAUGUAAAAACAUUCUGGAUCAUAAUUUCCUUAUCUUAAAAAAGAAAUAUUCUUCAUAUAACACCUUUUUUUGGGUUGCAUGAACUCUCGAGUGAAUGGACGAUAGUCUAUAAAUGUGAAGUUGUACUCUUAAUUCAAACUGUAGAGGCGUCAUUAAAAUAAUGAGAGAAUAUCUAUGCAGUGAAACCGCAGGAGAGUUCUGUAUUGACUACCUAUAACACAAUGAAAUCAUAAAAAUUGUUUACCUAAAUAGGUGCUUUUGUUUGAAGGUACCUACUUUUUAUUUAUUAAAAAAAUGCACUUUCUCUUAUUAUCAAGUUUCUUUAUGAAAUAAAAAUCAUAACUCUUAACUUUUCCACAUAACCAUGACUGCCAUCCUACCUUACCUUCUGUAAGUCAUUGUUUUUAAUACUACACCUUCUGUCUUAUUUUAGUUCAGGAUCUCACUAAGUAACCCUUAAGUUAAUAGAUGGGUACGAAUAAUGCUAAUAUUUGAGCGAUAAAGAGCGUUAAGAGAUCAAGAUGGAUUUCACUACCUUUAGUAGAGCUAACUACUUUUUUCUUUCAGGUAUUAAUAAAUAAUUCACUUUAGAAACAUAAGCCCAGAUAUGUGUU